AUGAUCAAGUUAUUAUUCUUUGUGUUUUGGUUGUUAAAUAGCCAUGAUAGUCAUAGAGUUAAUGCUAUUCACAUAGAUGAUUUGGAGAUAGAAAGACAAUUGCAAUUUCUUAACAAACCCUCACGCAAGAGUAUUCAAACAGAAUUUGGAUAUAUUGUUGAUUGCGUUGAUAUUUAUAAACAACCAGCUUUUGAUCAUCCUUUAUUAAAAAACCACAAAUUACAGAGAAAACCUAGUUUCCAAAAUUCAUUUAGAAAAACAAGUGUGAAUAAUUCAUCAAAUAAACUCAUAUUUGGACUUCAAAAAGAAAAAUGCCCAAUGGAAACUGUUCCCAUUAGGAGAACAACAAAAGAUGAUCUCAUUCAAGGAAAAUCAUUAUUGUAUAUCUAUAAUCAAAGUUUGGUUCAAGAUAAUCCCGGUGUUCAUAUGGCAGAACUAUAUGUGAUAGAAGAAAUGGGUCCUUUUUAUCAAGUUAAGGGGAUAAGCAGUGUUUAUAAUCCAAGAGUUCUUAAGAAAAAUGUAAAUCAAGUAAGCAUUUCUCAUAUAUGGGUUGAGAACGAUCACCGCACUAACAAAAUCGCAUUUGGAUGGCAGGUGGCUCCAGAACUGUAUGGUCGUGACACUGGAACUCAUCUCUUUUCAAUAUGGACAACGGAUAAUUUCAACCAUACAGGAUGCUACAAUCAACAAUGUCGAGGCUUUGUCCAAACUAAUCGAGAUGAGUUCCUCGGUUCACGCUUGUCCAAGACAUCUGUCUACGGAGGAACGACAGUGGAGAUUUCAAUUUCGAUUACUGUGGUCGAGUUCGGAAUCAACUACGUAGUACUUUUAGUGUGAAAUGUUAAGAAUGAUGUUAUGUA